ACGAGCAAAGUGAAAAAAAGGGUCAGGUUUUCACCAUCUUUUGUUGUUGGUUCACAUCCGUUGUUGCCCAAUGAACGGUUGAUUACGCAACUGUAAUACAUACAAUUCAUCCCCAGAUCCUCAAAUCACUUCACCCCACAUACACAAAACCUUUAUAUACAAAAAAAGAUUCAUCCUUUUUUCCUAAACAUUCAAGGGUUUUUCAUUUUUCCACCAUUAAAGCUUCCAUCUUUUUUCACUCUAGGGUUUUAUGCUCAUCGCUUCUUCCAAUUUCUCACGUUUGUAUUCACAAUUUGAGAUCCAGUUCAACAGUAUAUAUAAUCUUUCGAUUUGUUCACAUUAGGGUUUAAUGCUUUAAUUCAAUUUCUUUGAUUUUUUUAUUGGUUUGAAUUUGUUUUAUGCAUGAGGUUGUUUUUUGAGCUUUUAGUAAUAUUAUUAGUAUUAAUAUUAGUUGAUAAAGAAAGUCAGAGUUGAGCUUUAAUAGAGUUUUGGUGUUGAUCUGAGUGGAAAUUGUGGGUUUAGGUUCAUUUAGGUUGAUUUAGUUUAGAAGUGGGAAAGUGAAUGUCUGGUUCAGGGAUGGAUUUUGGCCGGGAGAGCGGUGGCGCUGGCACGAUUUUAACGCCGGCACGGUUUGUGUGGCCGUAUGGGGGAAGGAGUGUGUACUUAAGUGGCUCUUUUACAGGAUGGUCUGAGCAUUGGCCUAUGACUCCGGUUGAGGGAUGCCCGACUGUGUUUCAGACGAUAUGCAGCUUGCCGCCUGGUUACCAUCAGUAUAAAUUUAUUGUUGAUGGCGAGUGGCGACAUGACGAGCACCAACCUUUCGUAACCGGUAAUUACGGUAUUGUGAAUACUGUACUCUUAACCCGGGAACCAGACUACAACUCUGCAGUCUUGAGUCCACAAAUGACUUCCGGUUCAAGCAUGGAUGUUGACAAUGAGACAUUUCAACGAGUGGUAAGGGUUUCAGAUAGUACACCACAUGAAUCGUUGCCAAUGAUAUCGGAAGUUGACCUGGAAGUAUCUCGUCACAGGAUUUCUGUUUUUCUGUCUACACAUAUGGCAUACGAGCUGCUUCCUGAGUCUGGCAAGGUCAUUGCUUUAGAUGUCGAUCUACCUGUAAAACAAGCUUUUCAUAUCCUUUAUGAGCAGGGAAUUUCUACUGCUCCUCUUUGGGAUUUCAGCAAGGGUCAGUUUGUUGGUGUUAUAAGUGCGUUGGAUUUUAUUUUAAUUCUGCGGGAGCUUGGUAAUCAUGGGUCGAAUCUGACAGAGGAAGAACUUCAGAAGCAUACUAUAUCUGCUUGGAAAGAAACAAAGCUAUAUCUGAAUAAACAAACUAUAGAACAUGGUAAAAGAUUUUCUAAAAGAUUAGUGCAGGCUGGGCCGGAUGAAAAUUUGAAAGAUGUCACGUUAAAGAUACUGCAGAAUCGAGUUGCUACAGUUCCGGUCAUCCAUUCAUUCUCCGACGAUGGUUCAUAUCCGCAGUUGUUAUAUCUUGCUUCACUUUCCGAUACAUUAAAACUUGUAUGCAGAUACUUCAGACAUUCCGCAAGUUCAUUGCCGAUAUUGCAAUCGCCAGUUUGUUCGCUUCCUUUGGGCACAUGGGUUCCGAAAAUUGGAGAAUCAAAUAGGCAGCCGUUGGCAAUAUUGAGACCAAACGCUUCUCUCAGUGCAGCACUAAAUUUGUUUGUACAAGCUGAGGUUAGCUCAAUUCCAAUUGUUGAUGACAACGAUUCAUUGUUGGAUGUAUACUCUCGAAGUGAUAUAACUGCUUUGGCGAAAGACAAAAUCUACACACACAUUAACCUUGAAGAAAUGACUAUUCAUCAGGCUUUGCAGUUGGGACAAGAACCGUACUCUUCUUAUGGGACAACCGGACAAAGAUGCCACAUGUGCCUGCGCUCGGAUUCGCUGCAUAAAGUCAUGGAAAGACUAGCAAAACCAGGGGUAAGACGAGUUGUGAUUGUGGAGGCUGGAAGCAAGCGGGUUGAGGGUAUCAUCUCUUUAGGUGACAUAUUCAGGUUCCUGCUUAGCUAAUCCGUCAAUAAUUCUUCACAAUUCUUUCGAGAUUAACACAAAUUUCGCCUUACGUUUUAAUAACGUUUAUUGGUUUUUGAGCGCAAAAGGCAUGUAAAUCCCAUUUGUAUUUUGUUUGUUCAUCAUCAUUAUCAUCCACCCUUCUGACCGUUACUCAGACUUGCCUUUGUGCUCUGCUAGUUUUGCCACUUUGUGGAAUGCAGUUUUACUACUGGCAACUAUGGUAUUCUUUUUACAAACAACCAAACAACAGAACUUAUUAAAUGGUGGUUUUGUGUUGAGGUUG